AUGGCAAAAAAGUAUGAUUUUCUGUACAAGCUAUUACUAAUCGGUGACAGUGGAGUGGGAAAAACGUGCCUUAUCAUUCGUUUUGCAGAAGAUAAUUUCAAUUCAACCUACAUCUCAACCAUUGGUAUUGACUUUAAAGUGAAAACUAUUGAUGUAGAUGGAAGGAAAGUGAAACUGCAAGUCUGGGACACAGCAGGACAAGAGAGGUUUAAGACAAUAACAACAGCCUACUACAGAGGUGCCAUGGGAAUCAUCCUGGUGUACGACAUCACAGACGAGAAAUCCUUCGAAAACAUUCAGAACUGGAUGAAGAGCAUCAAAGAGAACGCAUCUGCUGGAGUCAGUCGGAUGUUGCUCGGUAACAAAUGUGAUAUCGAGGCCAAACGGAAAAUUCCCAAGGAGACUGGAGAGAAGUUAGCUAAAGACCAUGGCAUCCGGUUCUUUGAGACAAGCGCAAAGUCGAGCAUUAAUGUUGAUGAGUCGUUUCUAGCUUUGGCAAGUGAUAUUCUUCAACUGUCCAACAGGAAAACAGGCCCUACAGGCAGAGAGGUCAAAAUCACCAGCACCUCUGAGAAAAAAGCUUCUAAAUGUGUUCUUCUCUAG